AUGGCGGACGAUAACUCCAAUCUCGACGCGGUCGCCGCUACCGAUUCCUCCAAACCACCUUCCUCCUCGUGUAUUCGAAUAGGUGACCGUCAACUCUUCCAUGUUGAGCUCCGACCUGGCGAGACCACCAUUGUGUCGUGGAAGAAGCUUCUCAAGGACGCUAAUAAGGCCAAUGAGGGAUCCACUUCCGCGGCUGCUCAGCAACUUCCUAAAGCUAACCCCGCGCUCGAAGCUAGAAUCGCUCCUGGACAAGCUGAGAAUAAUGAACAAGAUGCUCCCCAGACAAACCGGUUCAGUGCUGUAAUAGAGAAGAUUGAACGGCUUUACAUGGGUAAGGAUAGUGACGAUGAGGAUCUACCUGUUGUUCCUGAUGAUCAAUAUGAUACAGAAGACUCUUUCAUUGAUGACGCUGAACUGGAUGAAUAUUUUGAGGUUGACGAUUCUGUAAUCAAACAUGACGGUUUCUUCAUAAAUAGGGGGAAAUUGGAACGCAUAAAUGAACCUCCGGCAUUACCUAAUCAGCCAGCAAAGAAAAGGUGCCGAAAAGAUAUAUUGAAGAAUCCAGGUGAAAACAUUGAUGGACGUGUAUCAAAUAAGCAUGUAAAAGUGGGCAAGACAGCUGCAGGAAAGACUGCGCCAUUACCUGUGAAGAAUACACUUAAUUCCUCACAGAAUUUGGCUGUACCUGGUGAACAUUAUGAAGACUUGAAAUCUCAAAAUCAAUCGGAGGUCUCCAGAACUACUUUGAAAAAGGAACCGGCUGAUAUUAUACCAAUUUCAGAUCCUUCUUCCUCUUUGAAAUUAUCAAAUAGUGAUGUCUCUUCUGUGGUAGAAGCCAAGGAUGCUGAUAAGAAGAAGACAAUACUUCAAUCUAAGAACAAAGUGGAUAAAUAUAAAGAUGCAAGCGGAGCGCGUGAUACUUCUCAUCAGAAGUACCAAGAAAAAAAAGUUUCUAUACCUUCCAAAUCCCAACUUGGAAGAAUCCCAAGUAGUAUUGAUGAUUUAGAAAAUACUGGUCGAUCCAAAGAUAAAAAUGGCAUCAAUGAACUGCCAGAUCUAAACUUGUCUGAGGGAAAAUCUGUGAUGCAAGCACCAAAAUCUAAAAACAUACUCAAAAAAGCUGGCUCCAGUGUGAGGCCAAAAUCUACAUUUCUUGAGAAAGCUAUUCAAGAUUUGGAGAAAACGGUUGCAGAGUCAAGGCCACCAACUACGGAAAACCAGGAGGUUGAUAGCGCAUCCCAAGCUAUCAAACGGAGAUUACCAAGGGAAAUAAAGCUAAAACUUGCUAAAGUUGCUAGAUUAGCGCAGGCAAGCCAAGGGAAAGUAUCACAGGAGGUUGUUAACCGGCUUAUGAGUAUUCUUGGGCACCUGAUUCAGCUCAGAACACUUAAGAGAAACUUAAAAAUUAUGAUCAAUAUGGGUUUGUCUGCAAAGAAGGAGAAAGAUGAUAGGUUUCAACAAAAAAAGAAGGAAGUUGUUGAGAUGAUAAAGAUGCAGGCCCCAUCUAUUGAAUCUGAGCAACAGCAGCAAGCUGGAGCAUCUGAUGGUCAAGAAUUGGGUCCUGAUGGAAAAGCAAUAUCUAAAAGGAUUUUUACUAUGGACACUGCAUUGGAAAACAAGAUUUGUGAUCUCUAUGACCUUUUUGUUGAUGGAUUGGAUGAAACUGCAGGUCCUCUAAUCAGAAAGUUGUAUGUUGAGCUAGCAGAACUAUGGCCAAAUGGUUGCAUGGAUAACCAUGGGAUCAAACGUGCAAUUUGCAGAGCAAAAGAGAGACGCAGAGCACUACACAGUAGAAAUAAGGAUCAGGAAAAAAUUAAAAGGAAAAACUCAUUGGCACCUCGGCCUGAAGAGAAUGUUCAAUUUGAUGCUAGUCCACAACGGAACAUGCGAAAGAGAUUAGCUCCAGAAUCUAGCAGUCAUACGUCACUGAAUAAGGCAGUUUCGAAUACAGUUACAGAUGUCCGGGUUCUCCCCUCCCCUGUGAAUGGUCUGAAGAAAGAAAAAGCAAACACUAGUUCGAGCUGUUCCCCGGAUGAUGUUAGGGUUGCAGAUGGUGUUUUAAUUAAAAAGUCAGCAGUUGCUCCCCCCAAAUCAAACCUUCAACCAACAUCUUUACCCGGUGUUGAACAGCCAAGCUAA